CAGCGUGCCCGCAGCGACGCCGAAGCCCAGCCUCCAUUGUCGGAGCCUCUGCAAAGCGGAGCGAGCGAGCGAGCGAGCGAGCGCGUGCGUGAGUGCGAGCGCGAGGAGGGAGCAGCCAUGCCCGUGCAGCGGGGCCGAUCGCGCGCCAGGGAGAGGGACAACGUCCUCAACCGUCCCGAGUUCAUGUCCCUGACCCAGGCCGCGAGGGGCCCUCAGGAGGGGAGGGCUUCGCUGAGGCGGGCCGCCGGGCAGCAGCAGCAGCAGCCCCCCUUGCCCAUCGAGGGCAGGGAGUGCCCACCGCUGCCCGAGGAGGACUGCAUGCAGCUCAACCCGUCGCUCCGGGGGAUCGCCGUCAACUCGCUGAUGGCCAUCGACAUCUGCCUGUCCAAGAGGAUCGGGGUCUGCGCCAGCAGCUCCUCCGCCUGGAGCAGCGCCAGGCCCAUCGUCAAACUCAUCGGGGUGACCGGCCACGGGGUGCCCUGGAUCGGGGGCACCGUCUUCUGCCUGACCAAGAGCAGCACAGCAGCCGGGCAGGAGGUCAUCUUCAAUCUUCUGUUCGCCUUGAUCCUUGACCUGCUAGUGGUGGCAGCAGUGCAGAAGAUGGUGAAGAGAAAGGCUCCUUCGGAAGUGAGUCCCAGCCUGCUGGAUUAUGUCGUCAUGGACGUCUUCGCGUUCCCAGCUGGACAAGCCAGCAGAGCUGUCAUGGUGACUCGAUUCUUCUUCAGCCACCUGGUCCUAGCUGUGCCCCUGCGGAUCCUCUUGGUGAUCUGGGCUGGAGUCAUCGGCAUCUCCCGUGUCAUGAUUGGUCGGCAUUACCUGACGGACGUCUUCUGUGGAUUUUUCAUUGGGUGGUACGUGAGAUCGAACCCACCUCCUCAGGGACUUUGUCUGAGUCUCUGGAUUACUCAGCCAGUGCCCAUUCCAACUAAACCACUGACUGCCUGCCAGGAAUAACACCACAGGCUCUUCACACAGGCAGAUGAGGGCCUCAAUGUAAUGUCCACUCUGAACCAACACCUCCAAAAAUCUUUAUUUCUUGUUGUUCUCAAGCCUGAGAACAGGAUUUGAACUCCAAACUUCGCAGGGAUCACUUGGACAGACUGACGCACAGCUCACAUUCGUUUAUAAGUCAGGAGUGUGAUGGAGUAUUCCCCACUUGCCUGGAUGGGUGCAGCUCCAAUAACACUCAAGAAGCUUGACACCAUCCAGGACAAAGCAACCUGCUUAAUCAACAGCCUGUCUACUACUUCACCCCAGUCACUCCCUCCACCAUUACAGCUCAGUCACAUCAGUGUGUAUCAUCUACCAGACACACUAUAACAACACACCAGAGCUCCUCUAGCAGCACCUUCCAAACCCAUUUCCAUCCCGAAAAAAAAGGCAGGAGACAUAAGGGAGCACCACCUCCUGCAAGUUCCUCUCAAAGCCACUCACCAUUCUGACUUGGAAAUAAUUGUGUAAAGAUUUGUAGCCCGGGUGCUUGUGGUUGUGGGUAUGUUCGCUGAGCUGGGAAGUUGAUUUGCAAAUGUUACAUCCCCGGUCUGGGUGGCAUCUUCAGUGCUUUGGGACCUCCCGUGAAGCGCUAUAUUUGGAAAUAUACUGCUGAUCCUUCAUUGUCACUGGGUCAAACUCCUGGAACCCACUCUCUGACAGCGUUUUGGUAUCUUGUGCACAUGGUCAGCAGGGGUUCAAGAGGGCAGCUCACCACCACAUUCUCAAAGGGCAAUUAGGGAUCUGUAGUAAAUGCUGACCCAGUCAGUGACACCCAUAUCCCAAAGACAAUUGCAAACAAACUUGAUACUGAAGGAAUGUAUGAAUGCACAGGGUUCCCUUUACAGUGGAAGUGUGUGAGGAACAGAGCUAAAGGAACAUUUGUGGAAAGGUUGGAAAUGUGUAGAACGUUGGAUCAGCAUGUGUUUCCUUUGUUUAUAACAUUUUCGUUUAAUAAAUCCUUUCCUAUUCUAA